ACUUCCUGAGGUCGGUGUGGCAUCUAAGGGUACUUCCCGCAAACGCCGCGUUGUGCCCUCUCGGUACAAAGAGUCUGCAAAAAACCGCGCCGCCGCCACGCCCACGAAGCGUUUGGAGGCGUCGGGUAUCUCCAUCAAUGAGAGCAGACUCUUCUCUACCGCUACAGCCAGCACCCCUAAUUCCACCAUCGGAAAGAAGGAUGGAACCGUCAUAAAAUCUCAACCCAAGCAGCCCCCAAAGAUGGCGAAUUUGCCACUCUCUGACAAAACCGCACCCAAAAUAAAGAAAUCCAACAAGACUGCCACCGUCAAAGUGAAGCCCAUGCGCGCCAUUGAUGCGACAAAAGCUCAGACGGUUGGAGACGCUGAUCGGGUGCCUGAGCACCAGCUGCUGUACAACCAGUACCUGCAGUGGACGUACCUCUGCAGGGUGACCGAGGCGUCCAUCAAGAGGGAGCUGCCGCAGCUCAACUUUCAGGCGCGCCAGCUGAGCGCGCUGGUAGAGGGCGCGCGUGAGGAGAAGCUGGAGCUGGAGCGGAAGCUGCAGGCGGUGACGCUGUACCGCGAGAUGGCGCGGCUCGAGCACGAGCUGACUGCCGUUCUCGGGGCCAUCAACGGCUCGGCGGACGCGGUCCGGGGCGACCUCAGUCGGCUGACCACCAUUCUCGACGCCACGCGGAACAGGCUGCAACUGAAGCAUUUCACCGAGCCGACAGAUGUCGCCCGAUACGCGGAGGACCUGCUGCAGGCGGCCGAGCGGUGCCGGACGCCGUCGGCGGAGCUGCUGCGGGAGCUGAACUCGCUGACGCUGCAGGAGGCGUCGCUGGCGCCUUGA